UUCACCUUUUCUCCUGACCGUUUCCUUUCAGAGGAUUCUCCACCCCUAUCACCGAUGUUUCCCACUGCAGUCAAACUAUUGUUUUUAUACGUGGCAUCCGCGUUGGCCUCUCCCACAGACCUGGGCCGACGUUCCACCCCAUCGGUUGCAGCUGCCUAUUACGCGGGAUGGCACAACGGAGACUUCCCUCUCACGGAUGUGAGCUGGAAGAAGUAUACACACAUGAUAUACGCGUUUGCGGAGACGGUACCCGAUCCUUCUCAGACACCAAAUCUCAAUGGUUCCGACCCGGACAUGUUGUUACCCUUUGUGCAGGCGGCACACGAGAACAACGUCACGGCAAUGAUCUCCGUAGGAGGUUGGACAGGAUCCUUACAUUUUUCGACAAAUGUAGGAAGUGCUGCCAACCGCACGGCCUUCGUCAAGAGCGUGGUCAGUCUCGCCCAGAGCUAUGGCCUUGACGGGCUGGACUUCGACUGGGAGUAUCCAGGAACCCAAGGCAUCGGUUGCAACGCCAUUAGCGUCAACGACACCGCCAACUUCCUUCUCUUCCUUCAAGAACUCCGCGAGGACUCAAUCGGCAAAAAUCUCGUUAUUACUGCUCCAACGAGUAUCAAUCCAUGGGUAGACGCGACUGGUGCCGCUUCCAGCGAUGUAUCAGGCUUCUCCCAGGUCUUUGACUUUAUCACCAUCAUGAACUAUGAUAUUUGGGGGCCUUGGAGUGCGACAGCGGGACCAAACACUCCUCUCUAUGAUUUAUGUGAGAGCAAGGAUCGCCAGCUGGGAUCGGCCAUAACAGCCGUCCAGGCGUGGAACGAGGCUGGGAUGCCGGUGAACCAGAUCGUCUUGGGCGUGGCGUCGUACGGGCAUUCAUUCAGUGUGGAUACUUCGUCCGCAUUCGGCAACGGCACCAACCUGCUCGAGACAUACCCAGCAUUCAACGCAAGUAUUCAACCGGUGGGAGAUAGCUGGGACAAUGCCAGUGGCAAUGAUGUGUGUGGAAACCCGCAAGGCCCUGGCGGAGACAUGGACUUUUGGGGUUUGAUUAAAGGCGGGUGGUUGACAGAGGAAGGUGUUGUCGCAGAUGGUAUUGCGUAUGCGUAUGAUCAAUGCGAUCGAACUCCUCGAGUCUAUAAUGAGACUACGCAGGAUUACAUCGCCUUCGACGACGCGUCAUCCUUCAGUGAAAAGGGAGAGUUCAUCAAGGUCAUGGGCCUGCGUGGCUUUGGAAUAUGGGAGGCAGGAGGCGAUUAUAAGGACAUCCUCUUGGACAGCAUUCGUACGUCGUCAGGCUUCUCCUAAUCUCAUACGUCACGACGGUGUUCCCUUUUGCACGUAUCACAGUAUUACUGCACUUACCUUUCACAUAUUGCGAUGACACUUUC